AGUCAUCACUGUGUCGCGUAACAUUCAACAAUGGAACCUAAGCGUAAAGAAGGCAUUAUAAUCUGUAAUAACGCAGUGCUUUUUGUUUUUGGUUUGCUGUCUUUGAUAAUCGGUAUUGUGAUGGUGUUUGUAGGCGCGGCGAAGAUUCACUCUGCAUAUGAAGACUGCUCAACUCAAGCGCCUUCCACUGCGGAGAGCAUCGCAUCGCCUCAGUCGCCUUCUUGCGACUUCUCAUCCGAAGCUGUUGGCGUCGGUUUGCCUCGUUUGCUAGAAGAAGUAAAAACUGCGUAUUUUUUACACACUCCGAAUAAAGCCGCUUGGAAUCCGGACAUGACAAAAGAAUCCGAAAAGGAGCAAUAUAUGAAAACAAGGUACCGCCCCUACGACCCAUCCCCUGAGGUUCUUAAGCGAAAGACUGACGCUGCUCUUGCUCUGUUGGAAAAGCUGAAAGAAACCAAGGUGGACGAAAGGAAGCUGAAAGCUCGGGAGGCUAAAGCUUUGUGGCAGGCAAAGCAUUUCCUUCAGCACGUGUUUGGUUCGCCGUUUGAUGUCAACUAUUAUGCAGGUGAUUGGCUAAUGGGACCAAACUACUUCUGCUGGCAGCCAAUCUGCAGCGUGCCGUAUGACUUGAAUUCUUUUGCUUGGUACGUCAAGCCACGUUCCUACAACGAUGUACAACUUGUGAUUGACAUCAUCAUGAUGCACAAGAAUACGUUUGAUCAGUACAGAAAUAACAUUGCCAUGGGAGUCAAAGCAGGUAUGGUUCGAUCGGACAUUGAUUGUAGGGCGGGUCUUGACGCUAUCAAAGAAACCUAUCCCAAAAUAGCACAGAACAAUGCCUCUACAGGUGUAUUACACGAGUGGUACGUCGCACAGUAUCUCAAGUCUCAGUACCUGGAGAGGUUGAACUCGAAAGUGGAUGAUCUAUGGAAAACCAAACACUCUGGUCAGAGUGUGCAAGAAGCUAUUAAAGAGGCCUUGGUGAAGGGUUUUGGCGAACCAGUUCUCAGCCUAAUUCAUUAUCUUGAAUAUGAACAUAGCCGUCAUUGCCUGCCGAUAAAAGUGGCCAGCGGACUUGCUAAUUUGCCCGUCGAUUACGUGUACACCGAUGGUGUUCCGGAUGUUAAGAAUAAAACAAAGAAAGUUCUUCCAGGUACUGCACGGGAGUUGAAUGGCACUAAAACGUACAGUAUGAUUUUAUCAUACUUCACAACGACUAACAUUUCAGCGGAAACCAUAUACCAGGAGGGAAGAAAACAACUCAAAACCCUUAUGCCCCAGGUCUAUAAAAUUGCAAAACUUCUGACUGGCAGGAAUAAGAGAUCCAAAGCAAUCGAAGAAUUUAAAAUUCUCCUAAAUGGUCCCGAACAGUGGCACAAUUCUGCACCAUUUCCGGCGAAUGAAAGUGACGAGCGUGCGCACCAAGCUUGUCGCGACCCAGAUUCUGCAAAGAAGAAUUGUCCUCGGCGCUGGGCGGCCGUUGUGAAAUGGGGCGAAUACAUUAAUGAAGUAAUGAGUAUGAUAGCUCCCAAGAUUCGAUCGAUGUUUUACUUUAGUGGUCCCAAGAUCACGGCGCCUAACUGCCCAAUACAGAUGUGGCCGCAUUACAACCCCUCUAACGGCGCCAUGUAUUUCCGGUCAAGCGACAGUAACUGUACAACGCCAUGUCAUUUCGGCCUACCGUUUUUCCUGAAGGAGUAUGGUCCAAAGUUCCAGGAAUGGUCUGUGAUUGGCCACGAGUCAAGGCCUGGGCACCACACUCAAAUGCAAGGCUUAGUUGAGCAUUUCCGUGACAGAUGUGGUGGUGUUCCACGAUGGCUGGACAAGCAAACGUCCUACGUAGCUUUUCAGGAGGGGUGGGCUCUGUAUGCUGAGAGUCCUCUUCUAUCCCACGAUGCUAGACUGUAUGAAGAGAAUUACUUACAGUUUUAUGGCAUGAUCAAAUGGCAGGUUUGGCGAGCUGUGAGACUUGUGGUGGACACCGGACUUCAUUACAGAGGCAUGACGAGGUCCGAAGCACUUAAAUACUUUGAAAACUCUACUUGGGAUACCACAGACUUUGCUGUAAAGGAAGUAACUAGAUACCAAAGUGUUCCUGGUCAGGCUACAGCCUACAUGUUAGGGAAACUGGCGCUUAUGGACAUGCGCACAAAGGUUGAGAAGGAACUGAAGAAGUCGUUUAAUUUGCGGGAUUUUCAUUAUCAUCUCCUUAGUCAAGGGUCUGCUCCACUUGGAUACCUCCAAAAUCAUAUUGAUAAAUACAUAGACUGCGAGAAAAAGAAAAUAGAACCUAAAUAUUGCGCUGACAUUCUGAGAUACUCUGAUGAACUUAGCGAUGAAGAACAAGUGUCAAAGAAGGAAAUAGAAUUUGAAGAAAAACAGCCGCCAAAACCUCCCCAUAGAAGCUAUGUGUAACAGGAACGCAAGCAUCACCUCACAGACAGUUUGACACAUGACUUGCGUUACUGCGCAUGGCCUGAGCCGACUGCCCAUCAAAGUUUCGUUCAAUGCUUCAGACAUGCGCAUAGAAAGCUCGACAGUGGCUUGGUUCUCAGACGGUGCGAGAUCGGUCAUCCAGCUCCCUCGACGAGACAGUAGGCAAGGAACUUAGCGACCAACCCCUGAUCGUCUGAGAGUCACGUUCAUGCUCAAUUAAAGGGCCUGUGAUAACAACUUGAUACCUUUGCCAAUAUAAUCGGCACAGAAGACAAAUUUAACAUUCCAUGUACCUACACGCCAUGUAAGAAUGCAUCACAGCCUAUACGAAGACAUUUUGCCAAGAAUCUUGUUCUGACGUAUAUAACAUCAAUGAAUUGAAGUAAAAUCUAUUGUUUUCAUA